AUGAAGCUGGGCCCGUUUGGUGAGGAGAUGGAGAAUGCCUCCUCAACACCGCCGCCUUCCGAACCGUCCAUCAGUUCAACCUCAAGCGCACAUGGGUCCAGCAGAUUCCCGAACUAUCAGACUUGGACGACUGACAAGUUCAAGCUAUUUCCCAAUUUCACAACAUGCCAUGACCCUUCUCGAGAGCGAACAUGGUGGUGGCAAUUUGGCUUCAGGAUGAAGGACCACGGCUCUGAACCUCAUAAGAUUGUAUGGGUCUGCGAAAGAUGCUUCCUUCGCAACAAAAUGAAAGCUACGCAUUACACCUUCAUCGCCUCAACCGCUGGAAGCAUUGUUCGACAUCUGAGAAAGGAACACACGAUUUUCCAGCCUGCUGGCUCACGCGAAGACGGGGUUGUCGGGACAGGAAGUGCACAACGGAGCUUGCUCGAUAUGCUGCGCGCUGAUCCGAAGAAUCCUCGCGACCAAAGCCUUCUUAGCAAUUUGCAUACUUUGUUUGAUCCGGCGAUGAAUCAGCUUCUUCUCCUGGACUGGCUAACUUACCACAACCUCCCAUUUAAUUUGGUUAAUUCCGAGCGCUUUAGACGGCUGCUGCUCUACAACAAUCCGUGUCUUCAAGAAGGGCAGAUACCCAGCGACAGGACCCUCGUGAACCUCUUAACAAAAGAAUACAAUCGAGCUCUUGAUCCCGUAAAAGCUAUUCUUCAAAGAGCGAGAAGCAUGAUUCAUUUUACUUUUGACGGUUGGACCUCCCGACAAAACUCAUCAUUUCUUGGCGUCAACGCCCACUUCAUUGAUCGGGAUUGGAAGCAGUGGAGGAUCCUUCUGGCGUUGCCCGCUCUCCGUAAGCGCCAUACUGGGGCAGCGCUGGCCGAUGAGGUUGCAGACACAAUAUGUGCUUUCAGUCUUCAACAUAAGAUUGGUUACUGUACGCUUGAUAAUGCAACGAACAACGACACGGCUAUGGAAGCACUUGGCCAUGAAUUUGACUUCGACCAACACGAGCGUCGUAUUCGGUGCGCUCCUCAUUUCCUGAAUCUGUCAGUAAAGGCAAUGAUGUACGGCGGUAAAAGGGACAAUUUUGCUGAGCUGCUUGCGCAUUGGGGAGAUCAGGACUUCAUGACUGACGAAGACGAGCAGCGUCAGCUGUCCGACGCUGUUGAUGCACUGAAUGGCGACGACGAUCUUGACACGCCGAAUCUGGAGGAAGAUUACGAGUCAAACACUACUCUGGGGGAGAGCCAGGAUUCGUGCCUAGUUCCUGAGAUAGUCAAUGCCGACAAGAUGGAGAAGUAUCGCAAGUACGGCCCUUUUGGCAAGUUGCACAAUAUCGGCAUUGCUCUUCGAACGAGCAGCCAACUUCUCGAGGACUUUCAUGAAGCUCAACGGCAAACUGCCCCUGAUGAACCCGUAUUAACGUGGGUCCAAAAUCUUUCGCUCGAGGAAUGGAAGGUCGUUACUGCGGUUCAGAAGAUACUUCAACCGUUCAAGGUUGCUUCAAAACAACUCCAGGGCGCAGGCAUUUCUGGCAGACGCUCAACAACAGGUGGUUUCGAUGAGUACUCUCAGGUGAUUGAGAUGCUCCUUGAUCACCUUGAGUGGGCCAUUCAAGGUGUAAUAAUCGAAGAGAAUGAUGAUCAUAUGAUGGAAGAGGUUCACUUGUUUGACGACAUGGAUGCAAAAACCCGUAGGCUCUUAAAAAUUUACAUCAAACUCGGUUGGAAAAAACUGAACGAUUACUAUGAUAAACUGACCUCGACCGCCUAUGUGGCGGCGAUUGUAUUCCAUCCGAGUAAGAAAUGGCGAGCUUUAGAGCAGCUUUGGAAUCAGCUGCCGUCUCGUCAGACAUCAGGGUGGAAAAAAGCUUACGCCGGGAACUUGACAAGCAUCUGGGAGGAAAAUUACAAGCACAUGGCUCACGAGCCAGCCUGCAAUGCCAUGUCAGCAUCUGGAAGCCAUGAUGCCUUGGACUACAUUGAGCGCCGAUUGGCGUUUAGUCGAUCAAUCGCGGGAUCUGCCGCCGCUUUUGGCGGCUUCGACAGUGAGGGGCCAACACACAACUCAGGUACAGUGUACAUUGAGCCAGGAACAGGCACGACUAGGCAGAUUUGCCAACAGGCCCCAGCAGCUCCACCAUGCCAGGCACAUGACGGUUUCAAGCCAACAUGGCACGCACUUCGAUCCAAAGUUCCUGAAUCUGGUUUACGCAAUCUGGUUUACGUGAAUCCGUUUUCCGACACCACCAAAGUUGACGACCGUACCAAGUCCCUGAGCAGUGCCUGA